AUGGAAGCACUUCGGCCUACAGACGAUCUGCAACGUCAAGUCCUCCAAAGUACCCUCGACGAAAUCGCAGCCCGGCAAGACGACGCUACCGACUGCUGUGUCAUCUGUCUUGAGAGCAUCACCGAAGCCUGCGAAGCUAUACCCUGCCAGCACCGGAAUUUCGACUACCUUUGCCUUCUCAGCUGGUUAGAACAAUCACCGAGAUGCCCCCUAUGCAAAGCUGUUAUCCUACAAGUUCGCCACGCCCUAGAUGAACCUGUCGCAAAGACGUACACUGUUCCCAAGCAUGCGCCCGAGACUCAAACGAAACAGCCCGAUACCAUAUCAUAUGCGCCGUAUUUUCUUCGUCGUCAACUUCCUCCGCGGCGCCGCCCUUAUGCACGCCCAUCUCGAUACGGAACACCCACCUUGAACUCAUCAGACGAGAUCGCCCGGCGGAGGGAUAUUUAUCGUCAUAACCGAUAUUCAAAACACGUAGGGACGAAUAGACUGUCCAGAUAUCGUGAAUUGACUCCAGCAGCUUUCUGUGCGGAUGAUGACCUCGUAUCCCGCGCCCGCAUGUGGAUUCGGAGAGAGCUCCAAGUUUUUUCCUUCCUGAAUCCUGAUGCCGAUGAAAAUGAGCCAAGACCUGCCGCAAAUACAGCUAGAAAUCGAGUUGAACGAAGAAGAGCCAAUAAUGCCGAGUUUCUUCUCGAAUAUAUUAUCGCUGUCUUGAAAUCUGUGGACAUCAUGGGCAGUGCUGGCCAAGCUGAGGAAAUGAUUUCGGAUUUCUUGGGCAGGGACAAUACACGCCUAUUCUUACAUGAACUGAGAGCUUGGCUCAGAAGUCCAUAUACCAAACUUGCAGAUUGGGACAGAGCUGUUCAAUACGAUCCAUCUGUUUCGGGUAGUUUCGGAGUCGACUCUGAGAUUGCAGGAAAGGGUGCCUAUAAUUACGCAGUGGUCCCGGAGUUUGUUGCUUGGCAGGCGGAAUUCCGCCCUCUUAUUGAAGCCAUCCAAGUUGCUUGUCUUUAUAUCCCUUCAUACGCCAUCAUUGCAAAGGAACCGCAUUCCCCUUUCAUAUCAGCAACACCAUCCAUCAUGCCGACGAUUUCUAUAGUCGUCAUCUCCGACCCUGUUUGCCCUUGGUGUUUCAUCGGCGCCCUGCAUCUCUCCCAGGCCAUAAGUCUUUAUCUCAAAACCGUCUGCUCUAAAGAUGUAAUCAUUACCAAAUGGCACGCCUACCAACUCGACACCAAUACACCCACACAGCCUCUCGUGUCCAAGAUGGCAUCCAAAUGGGGCAUCGAUGAGGUUCCCGCUGUCAAGACUCGUCUCAAUAGCAUUGCAAAGAGGGAAGGGCUGGAGUUCAACUUUAAUUCAACGAUUGGGAAUACAAGAGAUGCGCAUCGGCUUGAGAAGUUAGGACGAAAAGUUGGCCUAGAGAUGGGGGUUGCGAUGGAGAUUAUGAGGAUGUAUUUCCUGGAAGGAGGGGAUAUAACGAGUAAGAACGAUCUUGUCAACGCGGCAGAGCGGGCCGGGGUUGACAGAGAUGAGGCGAGGGAAUGGCUGGAGGGUGAUGAUGGAGGUGAAGAGGUUGAUGCUGAAGUUGCCAAAAUGCAGGGAUUGGGAGUCAAAGGAGUGCCACGGUACGUUAUAAAUGAAAAGUUCGCGGUGAAUGGGGCAGAGGAUGUCGGGAAUAUUCUGGAAAAGCUGGCUAUGGCUCGAGAAGAAGCUCUUGGUCAGGAGUCGGUAGACCUAUAG